GCACUUAGUUGAGAGAAGACGUGUUUUAAGGACAUUAUGUGUAAAAUUAAAAUUCAAUUAAAAGACGCGUACAUAAUAUGUUUGUGACAGUGAGUUAAUGACAUGAACUAUAUAUAGCUACCUCUAAAUGGAUUACGUUGUCAGCUUCAAAUAGAGACAUAACUACAUUAUCGCCUGGGCGAAUAUAAUCCUGUAAGAUGUUCAGGUGAAAAUAAUAAUAAACAUAAACAAAAUGGACUUGAAAGUGACAGUUUUGAUGCUGUUAUCAGUUUUGAAGAUCUGCCGCGCGGGCAGGGUGCAAGCCGCCGUCAGUUUCCUAACGAACUCUUCGUACCAGGAGAUAGAACUCAAAUCUCUAGAAUCCAGUCUUUCGUUGCGGGACAUCCUGCCUGUCAAGCAGAAGUAUUAUGACAAGAACAGAGCGCCUAAACUUCUGGGGCAACCCACCAUCGUCUACUUCCACGUUACUGUUCUGUCUUUAGACUCUAUCAAUGAAGAGAGCAUGACCUAUGUAGCUGACAUUUUCCUUGCGCAAUCCUGGCGCGACCCUCGCCUCCGCCUCCCGGAGAAUAUGCACGAGGAAUACCGCAUCCUGGACGUGGAAUGGCUGAACAGCAUCUGGAGGCCCGACUGCUUCUUCAAGAACGCCAAGAAGGUCACCUUCCAUGAGAUGAGCAUCCCUAACCAUUAUCUGUGGUUAUACCAUGAUAAAACGCUGCUCUAUAUGUCCAAAUUAACUUUAGUUCUAUCUUGCGCCAUGAAGUUCGAGUCUUACCCUCACGACACUCAAAGCUGCUCCAUGAUGAUAGAAAGUUUGUCUCACACGGUCCACGAUUUGGUUUUCAUCUGGAACCUGACUGACCCGUUAGUGGUCAACCCCGACAUCGAACUGCCUCAGCUCGACAUCUCCAACAACUACACAUCCGACUGUACUAUAGAAUAUUCCACAGGUAACUUCACCUGCUUAGCCGUGGUGUUCAACCUCCGCCGCCGUUUGGGUUACCACCUGUUCCACACUUACAUCCCAUCAGCCCUCAUCGUGGUCAUGUCCUGGAUCUCCUUCUGGAUCAAGCCCGAAGCCAUCCCGGCCAGAGUCACGUUGGGAGUCACUUCUCUUCUCACACUGGCAACCCAAAACACCCAGUCCCAGCAGAGUCUCCCGCCGGUAUCGUACGUGAAGGCCAUAGACGUCUGGAUGUCCUCGUGCUCCGUGUUCGUGUUCCUGUCCCUGUUCGAGUUCGCCGUGGUCAACAACUACAUGGGGCCAGUGGCCACUAAGGCCAUGAAAGGGUACUCAGACGAGGACCUGAGUAGAGACCUGGACGCCUUCAAGCACAUAUUCCCAAACACUGUGGAUCCUCGGGCCAGUACAUCAGCUUCCAUUCCACAAUACGAGACCUUCUGCAACGGGAGGGAGACGGCUGUAUACAUAGAUCGGUUCUCUCGCUUCUUCUUCCCAUUCUCAUUCUUCAUACUGAACGUUGUCUACUGGUCUACGUUCUUGUAAAAAUAUAAUUUACAUCUCUUGUAUGAAAAGUUAAAAUAGAUUAAGUUAUUUAUUAAUUAAUGUAGUUAAAAGUAAUCAUAUAUUUUUAUGAUUGGCAUUUCUAAUACAUGAUUCUUCUUUGGGAUGAGAGUGAAGUGUGUGAAGACUUGCGACCAUAUCCUUUUUUCGUGUUAAGAGUGUUUUAACUA